AUGUAUCUGCUAAUUGUCUUCCUCGCCCUGUGCUUCUGUCAAUCAGUCUCGAGCGUACCAGAAAAUGAUGUUCCAAGCGCAAAUUCUACAAAGGCCCUUUUCAAAAGGGUCGACAAUCCCACUUAUGCCAUAGACGGCACCUGUACCCGCUAUCCUCAGGUUCAGGACAUAGUCAACGAUUGGUUCCAAACGGUCCAAGUUACUUCGCAUCGGAUCGAUCUGGGAAGGGCAGAUCCACACUUUCAAUACGCCUUCCAGGUUCUUUUUGACACGGACCCAAAUAGCAACACACUGUACAAAUUCGAGUUAGUUGAGGAGCCAAUCACAGCAUACGAUUUUGUCGAACUUGUAACCACAAGUCUUGCAUCCCUAACUCCUCACGCGGAUCCAGACACCAAGGCCAAUCUGAUUUUCUAUUGCGAUGACGACGCAAUGAACCCAACGCCCUAUUCGAAUGAAAGAUGGCAGUUGGUCCCAGACAUACCGGGCGAUCCUAAUCCAAACAGUGGGAGAACGCUUGGAAUAAAUCAAGAAUGGUUCGACCAAGUCAACUCCAUUUCGAGAACGCCUUCGACGAAAGGCUGCAAGGAUGUGGCAAACGCUCGUGGUGAACCAACGGAGCUGGAAACGUAUAACGAUCCCAUCACACCCUUCCUGUACGGUAACCGGUUACCUCCCGUAGGGAUACUACAGCCGACGCGGUCAACAAUAACUAUCUGUGACUGCGUACUUGUCGCAAAUAACCCUUAUUACCCGACGAUUGCAUCCUCCUUGACCGCCACUCUUAAUCGCCCCCGUCGCCAGUCUCCCUUAAGACUAUACAGACCAGAAUAUGGAAGGAUUGUAUCGGCGGGCUUGUACCACGAAAGCACGCAUUGGAUGGAUUUGAAGCUCGAAGAUGAGAUACUCCGAGAUGGCUCGAUAGCCUACGGCUGGUCAAAGAUCAUGGAGCUAAACACUUUCGAGAGGCUGACCAACGCGGAUACAUACAUGUACCUGGGACUUCUUGCCCGGUACGAGAGUCUCGGCUGGUGGCUCGAUCGGCAUGAAGGUAGAGCCUACCUCGGCGUGAUGGUGCCAGCACCCGCGGGCUGGAUACCUCCCUGGUAG